AUGGAAAAGGAAGUUGUUGAAAUGCGAAACAGCUUUAAAGAAAAAGAGAAAACACUAACUGAAGAGAGAGACAAAGCUAUUAAAGCAGCUGAGUACGUUAAUCAUUUUUUGUUUUAUUUAGCCACGAAACAUCAGGAAAAUGUUUGGAAACAUUGUUACAGUAUCCAAACUAAGAAAGUGCGGCUAACUCCAAUCCCGGGUUACACCCCAAUAUCCACAAACAGAUUCUCCAGACUGAUCUACAUACAUUUCUUUAAAGACUUCGUUGAGAGAACUUGAUAAAAGAUCAAAGCAUUUCCCCUUGGUGAUCAUUUUAUUAAUUGCCAUUACCUUUUCUUUUGAUGAUGUAUUGGUUAGUGUUGUUUGGAGAAAGUUGAUGUUGGUUAACUGCAAAAGAGCGAACGAGUUGUCGUGGCCACUAGCCGGCUCUGGAUUUGCGCUAAUCGUCCGUCGACUCGAACAAAUCACAAACAAUUAAAGCUACACGGACAUAAAAAAGUUGAAACAAAAUUUUGAGGUCACAACUGGGAAUCGAACUAGGGACCUCUCGCACAGAAGGCCGCCCACUAACCAACUGUGCCGGCUACCGGCAUGAUGCUUUAACCAACUGCUGAGUCAGGAAGCCAACCUCGUUCCCAGAGUCUCUCUUUUUCUCAUCCCCUGGGGCGUCUCUCACCAGCCUCUCACGUGCUGGACGGGAGGAGAAGAGAAACCCUGGGAAUCAACCCCGUCCUCAGGGCUUUUCCCUCAGACAAUGGGAGGGACCCUGGAAAAGCCACAGUGACGAGGUUACCCGGGAAUUUGAUGGUUUUACAUUGUUUCAUAGACAUAAUCUUCUAUUUUGCUUUUUCAGUUCCGCUGUAGAAAGAUUGAAAGCGUGUGAUGAUGCCUUCCGCAAACAGCUUGAACAGGAAAGACAGGCUAACGAACAACAAAUUCAAACACUAUCCAGUGAAAAACAGCAGGAGAUAGACCAGGCCAACGCAAGGGUAAGAUAAAAAAAAACUAACUGAACAUUCAUGAACCGGUCAGCCUGAGGCAAGGGUGAAGUAAAACUGUGAAAAAAAAUGGCGAUUAGUGAAGUGUAAUUAAUUCGCUGGAAGCGGCCGCGAGCAAAAAACGCAACGCUAAUGUUGGUGUCAGCGAUUACGGUUUCUCCUCGUUUGUCUCUAGAGAUCAUCCUUGAGGAUUUGUACCAGACAUUUUGUUGACUCUCGGCUAACCUAAAUCUCCUGCGAAGUUCUUCGUCAGUGGAUUGUUUGAGAUCAAUUUCUCGUCGUAGGAACUUUCUUUGGCAAAUUGUGAACCAUUAAAGGGAACAGUAAGUUCGCCAUUUUGUUCGUGACUGAAAUUCUCCGAGAUCAGCGUUAAUCGUCCUUUCAGGAACAGAAUCUAAUCGUUGGGAUACAAUAAGAAUUUAUUACGCGAUUAACGAUGUAAAUCGUGGCCCCAGUUGUUCAAAAGGAGGAUAGUGCUAUCCAAUGAAUAAGUCUCUAUCCAAUAGAUAACGCAAAUGGUUUCCCUAAUACGUAUCCGCUGAACAGCGAUUUAUCCAGUGGAUAGCGCUAUCCAACGUUUAAACAACCGGGGCCUGGAUUAGCACUAAUCGGUUUUCCAGGAACCGGGGCCAGGUCUGUAACAAAAUUAUGAGUUGAAAGCCCCGUAUUAUGGCCUUUUCACUCGGUUGGUAAAAGAAAUUUUCGUGCUCUCAUUGUCGUGAUAAUUCCUUUCAGGUUCUAGAAGUUGAGGACGAGAUGCGCAUUCUUUUGCAAGAGAAUGCGCUGACAAAGAAGACCUUAGAACAACGGCUCAAGAAACUUACUUCGGCAUUUACAGAAAUACAACACGAUUUAGCUGGGAAAUGAGUGUCGCCACAAACCGCGUACCCAAU